GUAAGGCCUCCUGGUCACCAAUGAGUCUGAAACGAGGAUGCCAGUGAGAAGAAAUCUCGUCCAAGUCGCCUGAAGCUGGAGCCACGGAAUCUUGCUUAUAAGCAUGGCUAUUGCCUACCAUGCAAUCUAGCGCAAUAUCUGGACUUUCUGAAGAGUAGAGCAAACAUCUGUUGCUCAGUUUGUUUUCUUUCUCCGUGGAACAGCCAUUCCGAGCACUAUCAUCACCUUACAGGCUUCGGAGGUCCUUCUUGUUUGCUGUACAUUUCUGGAUCCGGCAUGCCCAUUCUAGACCAAGAGUCACCCAAAGGUCAAGUGGACGACCAUGUCUUGCCUAAGCUACCCAUCCCAACUUUGCACCAGACGCUGGACAUGUACCUGAAGUGUGUGGAGCACCUGGUCAAACCAGAGCAAUUCAAAAAGACCAAAGCCAUUGUGGAGAUGUUCGGAGCAGCAGGAGGGCAAGGGGAGAUCCUUCAGGAAAAGCUAAUGGAGAAAAGAGAGAAAACGGACAACUGGGUGUACAGCUACUGGCUUGAUGACAUGUACCUGAGUAACCGACUGGCCCUACCUGUUAAUUCCAGUCCUGCAAUGGUUUUCCCAAAACAAGUUUUCAAAGAUCAUAGUGACUCACUCAGAUUUGCUGCUCAUCUAAUAUCGGGAGUUUUAAACUACAAGAGUCUACUCGAUGGACGGUCCCUGCCGGUGGACUAUGCUCGGGGUCAACUAGCUGGCACUCCGCUCUGCAUGGAGCAACACUAUCGACUUUUCACCACCUACCGCCUCCCUGGACUGAAGAAGGACACCCUUGUCACUCAGACGAGCAGCGUCAUGCCAGAGCCAGAGUACAUCAUAGUGGCUUGUAAAAAUCAGUUCUUCGUGCUGGAUGUGGUGAUUAACUUCCGCCGGCUCAAUGAGAGUGACCUCCUGGCACAGCUGGAGAAGAUCGUAAAGAUGGCAGAAAACACGGAAGAGCCGCUCCCACCGAUUGGACUACUCACAUCGGAUGGACGGACAGAGUGGGCUGAAGCCCGAACCAUGCUAAUCAAAGAUUCCACCAACAGGGACUCACUAGAUAUGAUUGAGAGGUCCCUGUGUCUGUUAUGUCUGGAUGACACCAGUGGAGCUGAGCUCACGGACACCAAUAGAGCCUUGCAGAUGCUGCACGGUGGAGGUCAUCAGAAGAAUGGGGGCAAUCGCUGGUAUGACAAGCCGAUGCAGUUUGUUGUAGGGGAAGAUGGAGCUUGUGGCGUGAUCUGUGAACACUCCCCCUUUGAAGGAAUCGUCCUUGUGCAAUGCACGGAAUACCUGCUGAAAUACAUGAAAGGAAGUCCCUCAAAGCUGGUGAGGGCGUCCAGCAUCACGAAUCUGCACACCCCCCGCAGGCUGCACUGGAAAUGCUCCCCGGAGAUCCAGGAGCGCCUGGCGUCCUCAGCUCACAAGCUCCAAAGACUGGUGAGAAGCCUUGACAUGGACGUUUUCACGUUUAAAGCUUACGGAAAGGAAUUCAUCAAGAAGCAGAAAAUGAGCCCAGACGCAUACAUACAGGUGGCACUGCAGCUGGCAUUUUACAGAUGUGGCGGAAGAGCGGUGCCGACUUACGAGAGCGCAUCCAUCCGUCGCUUCCGAGAAGGCAGGGUGGACAACAUCCGCUCAGCUACGGCGGAGGCCCUGGCCUUUGUGAAAUCCAUGACGGAUGGGAAGACAGCUGUACCCGAUGCUGAAAAGAUGAAAAAACUCUGGGAUGCAAUUUCUGCUCAGACCAAUUAUACCAUCUUAGCAAUUACUGGAAAAGCUAUAGACAAUCACUUGCUUGGCCUGCGGGAGAUUGCGGAGGAGUUAAACAUGGAAAAGCCUGAGAUUUUCUCAGACGAGACAUACGUGUCCAGCAAUAAGUUCAUUCUUUCCACAAGCCAGGUCCCCACCACAGUGGAGAUGUUUUGCUGCUACGGUCCAGUGGUGCCCAACGGCUAUGGCACCUGCUACAACCCUCAGUCAGAUCACAUCAUCUUCUGCGUGUCCAGCUUUCGGGAGAGCGUGGAGACGUCCUCAGCCGUGUUCAUAAAGGCCCUGGAGGAAGGUCUGCUGGAUAUGAGGGACCUGUGCUGCAAACAGAACACAGCAGCCAAGCCCGUCGCCCCCAAAAAUGGCGCCACUGCGAGAAAUGGAAGUAAGCCAUAGUGGGGGAUGGCCACACCCCCCUCACCCCAACCAAUCACAUGAUCACUGCACUGUAGUUGCCCAUGUAGUUGUUCUGUUUUAGACACAAUUAAUCCAGUUUCUAAAUAUGGACAACUGCUAAAAGAUUAAUUCAUUCGGAAACUAUAAGGACCGUAUCAAAUCAUUCCUAAUACAUCAGUAUCUGUUUCAUACCAAACUUGUCUAUCUAUGGGAUGCAUGAUGGCUCAGUAAGCAGGACCAUUGCUUCAUACCUCCGGAGUCGAGGGUUUGAAUCCAUGGUGUCCUCCAGGUGUUCAGGUUUUCUCCAACAGUCCAAAGAUGUGCAAUUAGGUUAACUGACAUCUAAUAAUUGUCUACAAAAUCCCAUCCAGGGUGUAUCAUUACCUUGGAGAGACUCCUUGGGUCCCGUGACCAUGAAAGAUUUAACAGUGCACAUCUGUGCUUCUAAGAAAGGAGGCUUUACAGACCAUUCCUUGAAAGUUAACUUCUAGAUCAUAAUCGGGCGACUUUGACAUGGUAACUUCAAAUGGGACAGGAAACCCUGCUAAGGACAGACCAGUACAGAAGUACAGACAAAAACUUGCACUUUCAUGUUGCACCUUGACUAAAAACUUAACCUUUAAUGUAAAGAAUUUGAAAUUUAUUGAGUUUCUUUUUUUUUUAAUAUAUUGUGCUGUUUAUUACAUUUCGGCAAACACUGAAGUAAUGACUCAUCAAAUGGUAUUUUAUCAUAAUCAGAUUCUGUCAUUUUAGUAGCGGCUCUGCUACAAUGUGUGUUAAAUGUGUGUUAAAUGUUGAAUGUUACUGUUAAUGUUUACCCGUGAUACUUGUGGCAAUAGCGUGAUAAAGAAAAGAUCACAAAAUUAAUUACUAUAAAUAUAUAUUAAUAUUAUAUUAUAUUAAUAUUACAACAUAUAACUUAUAGUCAUUAACUUACUACUAUUUACUGAAGUACAGGAACUGCUUUGUAACAAAAUACAUGUAAUUAUUAAAUGAAAUCUAUGCAAUAAGAAAAAAAAAUAGACAGAUAUUACCUGCUGAUAUUUUAGCUGAUAUAUUUUAGAAGUUUUAGUAUUUUGUGAGUCAGUAAACAGAAGUUUAUGCCAAAGUACACAUAUUGUUGCAGUAAAAAGUGGUACUAGAAUUCAUGUUGAAUAUUGCAAGUAAAACAAAGUAGAGAAAUGUCUGUUUCCAUAACGCUUCAAGAUUAAUCAAAGUGAACCAUGUAAACAUUCUAUAUGUUACACAUGCUCACCAUAUACACAAAUAUGCGCAUCAAACAUCAAAUAUUUCAGUAUAUGCAGAUGUUCAUUUAAAAUAGUGAUGGUUUCUGUGGAAAUGAACACCACAUAUGUAUGUCAUAUUCAGUGCAUUUUACAUAUAUAUAAAUAUAUAAAAUGCACUUUAUGUAUAUUAUAUAUACCCACAUGAGUUUUCUCCCACAGUACCAAAUACUUUUUAAUAGUAUCCUUUUCACGAAUUCUAUUAACUUGUGAAAAAUGACUGCCUGUUAGUCAGGUUUGGACAUAUAAACGUUUCAGAUUUAUCAUCUAUAUUGUAGACUAUAAACUGUUCCACUCCAGCAAGGGUUACAGUGUUACUAUUCUGAAUGAUGCAGUCUAUUUCUGGAUAAAUCCAGUCUCCAGCAAGAUAUUAUCAAAAUCUUUAAUAAUAAAAAUAAAGUGUUUCUGAAUGUUGCAGAAAAUAAAACCUUAAAACUGUGAUCUUUAGAGAAAACAUAGUAUUUUUAUUCUUUAUUUUUGUA